CAGGGCGGUUGAGCAGCACUUUCUGUGUUGGUCCCGGUCCCCAGCUCCCGGCCGGCCGCUUUAAGGAUGCUCUGCGCGGGAUGCGGUGACGUCACAGCCCCGCCCCGCGAUGCUGCAGCGCAGCCAGGGCCGGGGGCUGCGGGCGGGGACCGCGCUGCGCCGGCCGCCAGGAGCCCGGCCCGAGGGAUGCCGCCAGCCCGCACCCACAGGGACGCCCAGCAGCGCCCCCCGCCAUGAUCCCCCCGGCCAGCGGCACCCCUCCGGGAGAGGCACUCUUGCCCGGCGGCGUGGCUCCCCAGGACUUCUGGAGGUCGCAGGUCUCGGCCUACGCAGGCUCGGUGACCCGUCACAUCAGCCACCGGGCCAACAACUUCAAACGCCACCCUAAGAGGAGGAAGUGCAUCCGGCCCUCCCCGCCCCCACCUCCCAACACCCCCUGUCCCAUUGAGCGGGUGGACUUUGAGGACCUGCACCCCCAGAGGUCCUUCCGGGAGCUGCUCUUCAACGGCUGCGUCCUGUUCGGCAUCGAGUUCAGCUAUGCCAUGGAGACGGCGUAUGUGACACCAGUGCUGCUGCAGAUGGGCCUGCCCGACCAGCUCUACAGCCUGGUGUGGUUCAUCAGCCCCAUCCUCGGGUUCCUGCUGCAGCCUCUGUUGGGUGCUUGGAGUGACCGGUGUACCUCAAGGUUUGGAAGGAGACGCCCUUUCAUUCUUGUCCUGGCGAUAGGGGCGCUGCUGGGCCUCUCGCUCCUGCUGAAUGGCAGGGACAUCGGCGCAGCCCUGGCUGACACAGCCGCCAGCCACAAGUGGGGCAUCCUGCUGACCGUGUGCGGCGUGGUGCUGAUGGACUUCAGCGCGGACUCGGCCGACAACCCCAGCCACGCCUACAUGAUGGACGUGUGCGGGCCUGCGGACCAGGACCGCGGCCUGAACAUCCACGCCCUCCUGGCGGGUCUGGGAGGAGGCUUCGGCUACGUGGUCGGCGGGAUCCACUGGGACAGAACCGCCUUCGGGAGGGCGCUGGGAGGCCAGCUCCGCGUCAUCUACAUCUUCACCGCCGUCACGCUCAGCGUCACCACCGUGCUGACGCUGGUCAGCAUCCCCGAGCGGCCGCUGCGGCCCCCGGGCGACAAGAGGCCGAGCAUGAAGAGCCCCAGCCUGCCGCUGCCGCCGUCCCCGCCCGGCCUGCAGGAGGAGGGCGCGGGCCGCGCGCUCCCUGCCCCGACGGGCGCCGGCCUGGGCGCCGGCCUCUCCUCCCCGCUCUCCCCGCCCAGCCCGCUCACGCCCAAGUACGGCAGCUUCCUCAGCAGGGACAGCUCCCUGACGGGCAUCAGCGAGUUCGCGUCCUCCUUCGGCACCUCCCACAUCGACAGCGUGCUCAUCGACUGCUUCACGGGGGCCCAGGACCACUACCUGGCCCUGCCCGCCAGCGUCCCCCGCCAGGCCAUGAGCGUCAGCUUCCCGCGGGCCCCCGAUGGCUUCUACCGCCAGGACCGGGGGCUACUGGACAGGAGGGACAGCAGCCUGGCCUCUGGCGAUGCGGACGUGCUGAGGGUGGGUUCCCUGGACGCCCCCAAGCCGCGGGCGUCCGGGAUCUUGAAGAGACCCCAAACCUUGGCUCUCCCCGAUGCUGCCGGGGGAGGCGGCCCCGAAGCUAGCAGGAGAAGAAACGUGACCUUCAGCCAACAGGCUGGCUGUCCUUCGAGGGGAUGCUGCUCUUCUACACCGACUUCAUGGGCGAGGUGGUGUUCCAGGGCGACCCCAAGGCCCCGCACGCGUCCGAGGAGUACCAGAAGUACAACAGCGGCGUGACCAUGGGCUGCUGGGGCAUGUGCAUCUACGCCUUCAGCGCCGCGCUCUACUCAGCCCUCCUGGAGAAGCUGGAAGGGUGCCUGAGCACGCGCACCCUCUACUUCAUCGCCUACCUUGCCUUCGGCCUGGGCACCGGGCUGGCUACGCUGUCCAGGAACCUCUACGUGAUCCUGUCCCUCUGCACCACCUACGGGGUCCUGUUCUCCACGCUGUGCACGCUGCCCUACUCGCUGCUCUGCGACUACUACCAGAGCAACACGUUCGCAGGGUCCAGCGCAGACGGCACGCGGCGUGGCAUGGGUGUGGACAUCUCCCUGCUGAGCUGCCAGUAUUUCCUGGCCCAGAUCCUGGUCUCCCUGGUCCUGGGGCCUCUGACCUCGGCCGUGGGCAGCGCCAGCGGCGUGAUGUACUUCUCCAGCCUCGUGUCCUUCCUCGGCUGUGUGUACUCUUCCCUGUUCGUCAUCUACGAGAUCCCCCCAGGGGACGCAGGGGACGAGGAGCACCAGCCCCUCUUGCUGAACGUCUGACGACCCGGCGCCUCAACUCUGGACUCCUGCUUGUGCCUGAGAAACCAAGUGCUGGGCUCCCGCUGGAAUGUAAAUAUCGGUAAAAUAAAGGACGGCAGCAAA